UUCCGCCAUGGAAGUUCUUUACGAGUCAGCAAAUUUUUCGACAAAAUGACUAGUUCGGUCGAAGUAAUUGAAGAUAAUUCACAAUUGAACGAAAAUGAAACUAACAUGGAUUUUGCAACCUCUGAAAAACAAGAAGCACGCGCAUUUUUACGCGAACGAUUUCUACGUGUAAUUACUGGAAUUGUUGGCAAACAAGCAGAUUUUUAUUUGUACGAAAAUACGCGGGUUUCCGCCGAGUUUAGAGGUUGUGAUGUGGAAUGCUUGGAAGUAUAUACACGGAAUUUGGAAACACCAUUGGGCAAGAUUCCAGAAGCUGUUCUAAGAACAAGUGACAUUAUUUAUAUGGAUAUGAAUGAUAUUAAUGUAGCACAAUAAAUUUCCAAAAUACAGGUUAGGUUUCAUUAUAUGUCUCGAUCUCUGUAAACAAUCAUUCGUUGAAACGUCACUAGAGAAGUGUGGAUACAUGCUAAUAUGGAAACAAUAGAAAGUGUAGAAAAUUUUCUUUAUUUCCAUGUUUCACUUAAUCAAGCUUGCAGACAGAAAGGUAUUGUUCUUCCGUGGUAUAUGAUAAAUUUCUCAAAUAGAGAAAUAGAAAUUGUAUUGCACUUGAUUCGUUGAUUUUCUUUUUCAAUCACUUUAAAUUUCACUUUAUAGCAUCUCCUUCCAGCAUAAGCCUCACUCAUCUUGUAUAUUUCCAUCAAUUUCAGAAACGACGAAGUUACGGCUAUGAUUAACAGUUAACUGAACAUAACCUGAAUCCAGAGCACGACCAUCAAAACAUUUCCUCCAUUCGUCACUUAACCUAAACUCGCAUAAAAACGUAUCUCAUUG